GCCCGGUCCUCUCCACUGAACUCCAACCCCCGCGCUCUCUAUCAGCAUCUCAUUCCUGUCUCAAUAUGUCUCAAGAUGGCGGCCAAUGCAGGAUCGAUGUUUCAAUAUUGGAAGCGCUUUGACUUACAACAACUACAGAAAGAACUAGACGCCACCGCCACACAGCUUGCCAACAGACAGGACGAGAGUGAACAGUCCAGGAAGAAACUAAUCGACCUGAGCCGCGAGUUCAAGAAGAACACACCAGAGGAUUUCCGGAAACAGGUCGCCCCAUUGCUUAAGAGCUUCCAAGGAGAGAUCGAUGCCUUGAGUAAGAGAAGUAAAGAAGCAGAGGCCGCCUUCUUGAACGUGUACAAGAAAAUAAUCGAUGUCCCAGAUCCUGUACCUGUGCUGGAGCUGGCUCAGCAGCUGCAGCUGAAGCUCCAGAGGAUGCACGACAUUGAGACAGAGAACACCAAACUUCGAGAGACACUGGAGGACUACAACAAAGAGUUUGCAGAGGUCAAAAACCAAGAGGUGACCAUCAAGGCCUUGAAGGAGAAGAUCCGCGAGUACGAGCAGUCUCUGAAGAAUCAAGCUGAGAACCUGGCCCAAGAGAAGCAGCUCCAGCUACACAACGACUAUGCAGAGAAGGAAAGGAAACUCCAGGAGAGCCAGGACUCCAUGUCCUCAAGGUUGGAAGAGGCCGAACACAAGGCCCAGUCCCUACAGACAGCACUUGAAGCAACUCAGGCCGAGCUCUUUGAUUUGAAGACCAAGUAUGACGAGGAAUCCACAGCAAAGGCCGAUGAGAUUGAGAUGGUGAUGACAGACCUGGAAAGAGCCAAUCAGCGAGCAGAAGCAGCUCAGAGAGAGACCGAGUCGCUCCGGGAGCAGCUGGCCUCGAGUAACCAAUCCCAGCAGCUUGGCAGCCCGGCCAAGGCCGACCCCGACACGGAACAGCAGACGGAGGUGGCAUCCCACUCAAGUCUGGAGGCGGAGCUCAGGGCCAAAGAAAGGGAGACCGCCCAGCUGGUGGAGGACGUCCAGAGACUGCAGGCCAGCCUGACCAAACUCCGAGAGACCACCAGCUCCCAGAUCACACAACUGGAGCAGCAGCUCAGCAGCAAGACUGCCACUCUCAAGGAACUGGAGGAGAAACUGCAGAAGCAAGCUGACUAUGAGGAGGUGAAGAAGGAGUUGAGUAUCCUCAAAUCUAUGGAGUUUGGAACAUCUGACUCUGUGCAGGACUCAUCCAAACCUCUGGAGGUGCUGCUGCUGGAGAGGAACCGUAGUCUUCAAUCUGAGAGCGCCGCUCUGCGCAUUGCCAACACUGAGCUCAGCGGGUCAGCCGGGCGAAAAGGGACAGAAGAGCCCACACCGAAGGAGGAGACCAUACCCAGCGACCCCUCUUCCUCGCCCCCUCCUCCCCCUCCCUCUGUUCCUUCCUUCUCCCAGCUCCCCCUGUCUCGCACUCAUACGGACCCCCUCAACACUGCCACCACCACCACCAGCAGUGGCGAAACGCACCCUUUCACUCCUACGGGCAUUGGACAGGACUUCUACUCCCCCGUGUUCCCUCUGGUGGGUGGUAAGAUGGCUUUGAACUCCCUGAUCCAGCGGCAGCUGCUCCAGACCUUCUACUCCAAAGCCUUGCAGGAGUCGUCUGGAAUCCCCAGUGGGGCUCUGCUGUUCACCCCCUUCACUCCAACCCUCAGCUCCAUCCCUACCUCCACCCCUGGCUCCGGGUCAGCUGCCAUCCCUCUGGCAGCUAGCAGCCCGCAGCCGCCUCCAGCCAGCCCAGACAUGGCUCCUGUUAACGGGAGCAGCACCGCUGGCAGCGCCCCAUCCCCGUCACCCAGCCACUCUGACGCCACCACGGGAAGUAUAUUGGACGGGGAGGACAUGGACACGGCAGAGAUUGCCCGACAGGUGAAAGAGCAGCUGAUAAAGCACAACAUUGGCCAGCGGGUGUUUGGCCACUACGUGUUGGGACUGUCCCAGGGUUCGGUCAGCGAGAUCCUGGCCAGACCAAAGCCGUGGAACAAGCUAACCAUCAGGGGGAAGGAGCCCUUCCACAAGAUGAGGCAGUUCCUCGCUGAUGAGCAGAACAUCCUCGCACUGCGCAGUAUCCAGGGACGGCAGAGAGAGGGCUCAGGCCAGCCCCAGCUUAGCCGAGUGUUUCAGGAUGUUCCGAAGCGGAGAGCCCUCUCCAAUACAGCUUCACACACAGGUAACAUUACUGCCCGCGUCCGCACCCCAGAGGCUGGUUCAGAUGAGGCUAUCAAGUCCAUUCUGGAGCAGGCCAAAAGAGAGCUGCAGGUGCAGAAAGCUGACUUGUCCCAUGCUCAACCCUCAUAUGCAGGACUGAAAGGAGGGGGUGGAGGCGGGGUGGGAGGCGGCGGGGGCAGCGGAUCAGAUGAGGCUAUCCGCUCCAUCCUAGAGCAAGCUCGCAGAGAGAUGGAGGCCCAACAGUCUGCACUGGAGCCCAUCCUCAAAGCCUCAUCUUCGUCUUCCUCCUCAGCAUCACUAUCUCAGAGGGACCUUCUGAGCUCCUCGCUUACCGCUCCCCUCCCCCCUUACAACCCCCUGGCACUCUCCCUCAAAAAGCCUCACAGCUCCCACCUGUCCUCCCCCUCAUCCCCGUCUCCCAUCCUGGACUUCAGCUCCAACAUAAAGAGAGAGGGCAGGGCUUCUUCAGGGAUCGACAUGUCUCUUGACGGAGCUCUCAGGCUGGGUCGGAGCUCUGAGGGGUCGGCCCGCUCUGGAAGCUCUGGAGUGGGUUACUGGAGAGAGCAGUGGUGGAGCAACAUGCAUACAGACCCUCGCAGGGCCGUUCUAAGCCAGACAGGAGAGGAGAACCACAACCAGGAGGACUCCAAAGAGGGAAUAUUGAGUGACAGUCUGUCUCGACACAAACCGUGGAACAAGUUGAACCAGAGGAGCAGAGAGCCAUACCUCCGCAUGCAGCCGUGGCUCAAUGGAGACCAGGGGCAAAACACACACAUCCAGCAAGCUCAGAUCCAAGAGGGUACUCCCAAGACAUCAGCAAGCUGCAGCCCUGCUCCAGAGUCCCCGCUCAGUUCAGCUGAGGAGUCUGUCAACGGCCUCACAGGGGAUCCACUCGCUUCACAGUCCUCCAGUCUCAAACCUGCGUCUGAGGAUCCGUCAGGCGGGGAGUCUCAGCCCGGCACCCCACUGCCUGUUCCUGGUCAUUCGGGUCUCAGCAUCCAGGAAAUGGUCGCAAUGUCUCCAGAGCUCGAUACUUACGCCAUCACCAAGAAGGUUAAGGAGGUGCUGACUGAUAAUAACCUUGGCCAGCGUCUGUUUGGGGAGACUAUCCUGGGUCUGACUCAGGGUUCUGUCUCAGACCUGCUGGCCAGGCCCAAACCCUGGCACAAGCUCAGUCUCAAGGGCAGAGAGCCCUUCGUCCGCAUGCAGCUCUGGCUCCAGGACCCACACAGUGUGGAGAAACUCAUGGACAUGAAACGCCUGGAGAAGAAAGCUUACAUGAAGAGGCGGCUGAGCUCCUUGAGUGAUGGCCAUUCUGUGGACGUGGGUUUAGUGGGGCCAGAUUACAUCCAGGGCUCCCAGAGCCCGGGACAGCAGCACCUGAAGAAGCCCAGGGUGGUGCUGGGCCCCGAGGAGAAAGAGGCCCUGAAAAGGGCCUACCAGCAGAAGCCCUAUCCCUCCCCCAAAACCAUUGAGGAGCUGGCCUCCCAGCUCAACCUGAAGACCAGUACUGUCAUCAACUGGUUCCAUAAUUACAGGUCACGUAUCCGGCGAGAGCUCUUCAUAGAGGAGAUCCAGGCAGCUGGAGGGAUGGGGCCUGGCAGUGAGGGGGGCUCCCCUUCCCUCCGCGGGUCCAAAUCAGGAGAGGGGGACAGCUGUGACGGGACAGAAUCUGAGGGCACAGUGGAGACACGCCAGGGACUGGGCCUUGGCUUGGAGGAUCACAGAGGAGCAUGCAAAGACGACAUGGAGGUUGAGUCUGAGGCAGGGGGCUCUAAUAACUCCCCUGACCAGCUAGACUGCACCACCUCAGGCUUAGCCGGGCCAGGCUCCAGCUGUGGACAGGGUGGACUGGGGCUCUUCAGCCUCACAGAGGCAUCCUCCAGUGGCUCUGCCUCUAGUACUAACAUCCCAGCCUCUGGCCCUGCCAGAAACCCCAGGGACAACAAUCUGCGCAAGAAGAAAGCAGCCAAUCUCAAUAACAUCAUCCACAGGCUGGAGAAGGCUGCCAGCAAAGAGGAUCCCUCAGAGUGGGAGUUCUAGCUCCCCCUGACCAUCCUUCAUCCCUCUUGUCUCAUAACCUCACGACCUCUAACCUUGGACCCCUCCUGCUCUGUUCCAGUUGGAGAGUGGACACAGCCAAAGUCAAGCUCAGCAGCCAUUUUUAUUACAUAGAAGCUUUCCGAAAAGAGGAAAGAAACAAAGAGUGGUUGGCAAAACCCUUAAAAAGAAGAUUUACUAAAUACCUAGAAGAACAAAAUAAGAGAACUUGCGUGUCUCUCCGUUUUUUUUAAACUGAGUUUUGUUUUUGUACUGAGAAAAGCACUUAGCCGUCCUGCUGGCCUCCGGCCCUGCUGUACCUCCCCCUAUCACCAGCCACUGGUGCACCAGACUGGUUAGUCCUGAGCUGGGGUCUGACCCACAGCUGGGGUUGAAACCUGGACUCAGUAACACAGGCAAGGCCUGACACAGCAGCUGUCACAGUGAUAGACACUGAUAGAUGAUAGAUAGAGACAGGAACUCUCUUACAAGAACUCUCACUUUCUUAAAGGAGAUUUUUUCCGCUCUUCUUCUCACCUCCCAAGUGUCCACAAACCUCCCCUCACUCAGUGAGACGCCUCAUUUUUCACACUGUAGAGUGACUGUUACAAACCCUUUGCCUUUUUCACUCACUGCGUGUGUGUGUGCGUGUUUGUAUGUUAGGGGUUGUGUCAGUGUGCACCUGUUUGUGUGUGUAUACACGCCCAAAAAUGGUGUGUACGUGUGUGUGUUCUCUUCUCAAUGGCAGCAUGUUUUCUUUUUUAUCUCACUCCUACACUCUUAAGAGGGUAGUGGAAGGCCUGCCGGCUGAGCUGCCAUGGUUACUGAUGUUAAGAGAGAUGAACUUUGACCUGUUGUGUCCCAUAUCCUAUCCUGCUGACAGCCAUGUGAUGGCCAGAAGGAUCUCUAAUUCCUCACAAACACGCACUCAUCUGAAGAGGAAGGAUGGAAGGAACCCUCUUUUUGCCUCCUUAAACCCUUCUUUUAAGGAUGAAGGAUGAUCUCUUUUUUUGAUAUUGCAAUUUGGUUGCCAAUAAGAGAUUGCACAGUCUAUUGACUCUAAAGAGUACAAAAUAGGGAAUUUUAGGAAGCAUUUUUGAUUAGUACAAAGUUAAAACAGAAAAUAAGAGAAUAACAAGUUACUGUUUUUUUAAAAAAAAAUCUGAAUUAGAGUGGAAUAAUGUUGCGUUGUUGAAAUACGAUACAAUGAAUUCACGUAGUACUGUAGCUGUCUGACAUGGUGAUACUAUACGUGUCUCUUGUUGUUUUAGGUUGUGCACGUCACAGCUUUUGCACCCAGCACUGGACCUGCUGGGUGUGUGUGUGUGUCUGCACCACCAACAAAUUUUCUCUGUUCACAAACACACAUCUUUUUAUAGGCCAAAUCAGGAAGAGUGUGUGUGUAUGUUUGUCUGUGUGUGUGUGCGUGUGUCUUGUGUGCAUUUGUAUUUGCCUGCAUGUAAGUCAGGGUCGAGGUCAAUUCACUCAGAGUCAAAUUUAAGAAGUUGAUUAUCAAUAAUGAAAAUCUUGACUGAAAAAAAAGGGUUUUAGCAAAUAAAUCGCAACGUAGAGUACUGGAUAAAUUUGUACUUUGUGUUGCGGUCAAAGUGAAUUCACCCCAACCCUGGUAUGAGUAGUUACCACUCUCCUCCAGUCUAUCCUGUAUCCAGGGAUGUUUUGCAUUGAAUUCUACUGUAUACACUACAAAUUAUAAGGCAUAUCACCUCCUCCCUGUCCCACACAAGCCCUCAGUGCCUGUCAGCCUACUGCCUCCCCUUUGUGUGUGUGUAUGUGUGUGUGGAUGUGUGCGUGCGUGCGUGGGUGCAUGUACACACAUGCCUGUCAAUACAUGCGUGUGCACAAGUGUGUGCGAUUGAGGAGUGUUCAGUGUUUCCAAUGAGUGGGGUCAUAUUUCGUAUCUACUUGCACACACUACUAGUGCACAACUGACACCCUUCUUUAAGCUGUUUGAUGCGUUACCAUUACAUUAAUCUUCUCACAAAGUAGUGUAAUACUAUGAUUUACUGUAGCUUGGUUUUAUUGCUAUUUUGCAUUUAUAGUUUGGUUUUUAUUCUGCUUAUUUAUAGGUGCUGUAUUUUUCAUUUAAUGUCUUAUCAUUUGAGUUGUCUAUUUUUUAAGGGAUUAUACUGUUCCUGAGGGCAAGUAACAUUUUUAUUAGACGUAUAGACUGCCGGCAGUAUUGGUUAAUAUUUACAAAGAUGUACUAGUUCUCAUUUGUUUGUAUAUUCAUGAAUCCUAAAGUUUAGUGUCAUUUCAAUAGCUUUGAAAUAAUGUGUUUGCUACAGUUCAUGCUCCCGUAAGCAUUAAGCUUUCACCACAACAGUUAUGCUCUUAAAUUGCUAGCUAGAGAAUCAAAGGACAUAUCAAGAUCAGUGAAUAUAUGAUAGCAUAUCUCUUUUCCUGUUUUCUAUCCUCCGAUUUUGUUUUUAUUUUCGACUGUUUCUUGGGCAAGCCCAACACUAACGCUCGGCAGGGCAUGCAGCUUUCUUUAGAUAGAGGUCGCCCACUCGUUAAUCACGUUAACAUAACUUACAGGUCCAAAUGUAUACUCUUUGUCAAAUAGGUCAAAUGAAAUUACCUAAACUUGAGAACACAAGUUAACUUGAAAGAGGUCAUAUCUGCCAAAUUGAGAUUAGAGAAGUGUACCAGCGAGCAGGGGUGCUACGCCAGAUUGAUCGCCAGCCUAUGAUUAUGCAGAAUUUCUAUUGCAGUCCGUAACAAAGCACUUAUUAGGAUCUUUUUUUGAAGACUUAACUUGGGACAGGGUCUGUAAACACUACAGCAGAGUACGAUCCCGGGAUCCUGGGAAAUGUAUGCCUUUUUAAAAAAAAAAAAAAAAAGUGGGUGUGAACCAAGCACAGACUCUUCUCCGCAUCCUAACACUAAAAUUUAAACAUACGAUAGCUAUACCCAUGUUUUCUACAUGAUAAACUGUAUUCUUCUGAUACAGUAGCCCCUUGUUUUAAACUACAGAUAACUGUGUGACAGAAAGGGCCGUUGUCCUGUACAGUUGUAGAUACUAUGAGUAAACACCUGUUUUGGUUUCUAUCCAAAAUAUCCUCAGUCCAUCCUCGAGCCUCCCCCUUUCCCUAAAUGUACAUCCAGAUAUAUUGGCAGCCUGUCAAAAGAUACUGAUAACCUCAUUGCACUGCAUUACGAUGCAUUAGUUAAAAUUGGAUUUUCUAGUGUAUCUAAUAAUUGUAAAAUUCCUCAAACAUUGGCGCUUCCUGUGGACGACUGAUGUGAAACAUCCGUCUUCUGCAGAAUACUGAAGGCGUACUGCCUUCUGUCGGACUGCUUGGACUGGACAACCACAGUAAUGGUGAUGAAUAGCUACUGUAAAGUAUUUAAGCACUUAACCCAUUUGCCAUUUUAUAGCCAGAUCCAUCAACUCACCGAAACCCACGUGAGAUCAUCAGAUUUGUGCCUUUAACUGCCAAGCAGGGCACCAAACUAGUGAUGUCAUUAGAUGUAGAGGAUUUCGCCUGAUUUGUUCAGAAUAUAUCCUGCAUCUCGACCCAGAUUAAUUUCUCAUACACUUCAUAUUGGUACUUAAAAGUUUCCUCAGCUCUCCGGAGAGGGUUGUAUAUAAUUCCUGGAGUGCAGUGAAAAGGAGUAAAAGGAGAAAAAAAACCGAGCUUGUGUAUUCUCAUGACUGACCCGCAGACACGCGGUCUUAUUUCAGACGGUUGUUUUCCCACAAUGCAUUUCUUACGUUGUACAUAACCUUACCUAGCAGCGAAAAGGCCAGAGCAUUGAAUGAAGGAGGAAGCAUGCAGAAACAGCGUACACUGUAAUAACACUGAAUUUAUUCAUAGGGCAUUUUGUAUUUUUCUGUUUGUGUCAGGUUUGCUGUGACAUUAAUAAUGGCACUACAGGUAUUGAUAAUGACGUGUGCCAAUUCUAAUGGUUAUUUGGAAAAGAGACGUGUAAAUACGGUCGAUCAAGUAGCUAUUGAUUCACUAUUGUCACAGUAUGCUUUUGUUUGAAGGCAGGAGGCGAGAAGGGACGAUUCAGGACUUUUCCAUGAUCCACAGAUAUUUUUCUACAAAUUUAAAUCAGAUGAUUCUAUACACUGUUGAAUAACAUUGUAAAGGUGUAACAGAUGCUGUAUAUCAUAUCAUGUUUUCUGAAGUCGUAAAGCUUUACUGUAUGAUCUGUUGAAGUAGUGGUUAUUCAUUUGACAUAUUAGUUGUAAUGGAAGCCCGAACAGCAGCACUGGUCACCAUAUUCAGGAAAAAAAAGAAAGAAAGAAAGAAAGAAAGAAAGAAAAACCUCAGAUGUUUUUUGUAAUACUUUUAGAAUAUAUCUUAUGAAGUGGGUUUUGUAAGGAAACACUUUCCGAAUCAGUGGUGCUGUAUGCAUAGCACACUCAGUAAUACAUACACACAUAAUACAGCACAAUACACUCAUCCUUUAAACCCCCCUCCACUUUUCUUGCGUGCUAUUUUUGUUUUUGUUUUAUUUUUUUUUGUUUUUUCGCUGACCUCUCACAUUGGCUUCAGCUAAUUUUUAAGUCUUAAAACCAUUUCUUCUUAUCUCUUCAGUUAUUUCACGCUUAACUGUACAAUUUCUAGCGCCCAGAGAUCAACUCUGGAGCGAUGAACAUUUCAGCGAACGCUCGCAAGACUUAAAAAAAAGAAGAAAAAAAGAAGAGGAAGCAAAAAGCCAAAUAGUGAAGUAGUUAUCCACCUCUGUUGAAAGGUUGCUGACAGUUUUCUGAAUGUUGCUACCUUGUGUCGUCGCUUCAGUUUCACCCAUAGCUUAUACACCACAGUGUAGUCUGACAACCAAAUGACCUGGGGAGAUCUUCACCCCCCCUCCUUUUGGAAAGCUUUAAGAUGCUUGUUGAGGCUUUAGCGAGUUCAGAGUGUUUUUUUGUUUUUUUUGUUUUUUUAGAUGAUUAUUUUUUUUCCAACCUUGUCAUCAACAACGUGGAAGUAAUAAUUCUCAUAACUUCUCCCACUGCUUAUUUUGUGAGUGUGUGUGCGCGUACAUGUGUGUUGUAGUACAAAAGGCUGCAUGACUGUAAAGGGAUGGUUAAGAUGUUUUUUGAAAGUUGUUUCCCUCGCACUUCUGUCACUCCUGAGAUGCUUUUUUCUCCUUUCGGGGUCUCCCUCCCUUUCGUUUUUCCUCAUGUAUCAUUGUUUCUUUAUCUUUCUAUUUACUAAACGUAUCAUGUUGUUUGUUCUCAGCACUGUAAAACAGUCCCUUCUACAACAUUGAAAAGCAAUAUCACUGUAUGAAACGUUCACAAUGUAUUUGUUAUGAUUGACAUUUGAUUCAUCAUCAUUAUUAUUCACAUGCACCCUAGGUGUGAUAAUUGAAGUAAAUCUCUUUUAUACAAAUA